AAGGGCAAAGGAAAAACAGAAAUACAAACUGAACCACCAGUACACGCCGUCGUUAUGACGAAGCAGUUGAAAGAGAAUCAAGAACCAUUCAUCUCCGGCACCGGCGAAGACGAGUUUCCGGCGGCGGCGCCAGAGUCGAUGAGGUCGAUUUGUAAUCCUUGUGAUUUUCACUCUUCGAAGACGUGCAAGGAAGAGGAAACGGAUCAGGAAAGUAUAGGAUCGUCGGAGGAAACUGAGUCGCCGAAAUCAGUAGCGAAGGUUGCGGACUGGAGGAAGAAAAUGGCGUAUGUUCAUUACCAGAUUCGGAGAAUCAGAGAGGAGGAUUUGCAUCUUGGUGAAGACAUCGGCGAAGGCUUCAACGCGAAAGAGAAGAUUAAUUCGAUCGGAGAUUGGUGCGAUGUUCGACAUAAUCCUCCUCACUCUUAUCAUAAUGAUCGCGUUAGUUCUCAGAUGAAUGUUGUAAUUUUCUCGAGGCCGAUUUUGCCUAGCUCGCCGCUCAGCGGGAAGAACAAAUACAGAACUAUAAGUUAAACAAGGAGAGAGAUUAGUUAGAGUGCGCAGGAAGUGAAAAAUUGGGGGAAGUUUUGAUCUCUGGUAUAUGGCUGCAUAGUUGUAGGGUUUGUUUGAAUUUGUUAGGG